AUGGCUACGCACAUGGUUUCCAUGCUUCACCAUGCCAUGGUCAUGGAUGCCACAAUCAUAACCCUUUGUUGUGGAGAGCCGUAUUCAAUGCCUUCACAACCACCCCAACGUCUAUAUACUUGCAUGGGACAGUGUAACGCCCCUAAGCUUUACGCUGACACGUACAAUUUUUUAAAUGAAAACCUUAUGCAGCCUGUGGUAAAAGAAGUCUAUAAUGAUCUUAGCACAAUUAAUCCCGCAAAUACGAUAAUGAACAACGAAAUGGGUAAUAAAAUGGGCUUAACAGCACAAGGGCAAACUUCAAAUAUUACCCAAAAUAGCCCAAACAUACAUUUUAAUCCCGGGAACCAACUAGGAUCGAACUCUCAAAUGAUGCUAAUGCCGAAGGGUCCAGAAAUGGCUCAAGGCCAACAGAACUUAAGCGGAAUGGGACCUCAAAUUAUGAACAUGAUAAAAGGGGAAUCUAUAGUUAAACAACAACCAGCCAACCAACUUACAGGACCCAUGGUUGUAGAUGCCCCACCAUCAUAUGGCCAAAUUGGAGUCGAGCCUACAACCGCGCAAAUGAAUCCUAACUUUAAUGGCAAUCACUCAAUUCCCCAAUAUACUGAAAACAGAAGUAACAAUUCACCCCAACAACAACAAUUAUAUUCAGCAAAUUUCUCUAAUACGAUGCCAAAUGCGCAACAGCCGGGGCAACAACCGAAUCCAAUACAACAAACAUCAAUGACGCAGCAACCUUCGUAUGGGCAACAUUCACAGGGAAUGAAAAAGUUUAAUGAAAUGUUUCCUGGUGUAAUACAGGGCUUAGGUGGGGACUUAGGUUUCGACCCCAUGGCAAUAGCUAUUCAAAUGAAUCCUGCUAAUCAACAACAAGUAGCAAUGGAUACAAUGCAGAAGAUGAUGAAUACUAACCAAAAUAUAUCAAAGAUACUUGAACCCUCGACGCCAGCACAGCCAGCACAAAAUGCUAAUACUGUCCAAAAUAUGGUGCCAAUAAGUCAGAUGAUAUCUCCUAAUCAGACUACGUCGGAUAACACAAUACGUGAUCCUGUUUAUAAUAUGACUCGUCCCAAUCAAAGUACACAACAACAACUAAAUACACCAAUAAAAGAGCAAAACCAGCAAGUAUAUAAUGCAACUGUAAAUCAAGCUGCGAACAAUCCAAAUAUAUUGUCGAGUCAACAGGUUUAUCAAAUGUCAGAUCCAAACACGGGUGCUCCAACGUCUUCACUGAAUUCACCGAAUCUUUCACACCUACGUGAAGAAUUGCCAAUGUCUCACUCCAUACCACUGCAACAGCAGGCCGAAUUACCUCAACAUUCUCAACAAAUUUCUUCUCAAGGUAUUAUAAAAGAACCAAUAUUCCCAGUAGAUACGACAAAGCAAAAAAUAUACCACAAUCUCCAUGGUAAGAAAUACCCAGAACCUGCUCACUUUAAUACUCUGGGUCAGCCUGUUGAGAAACUGCCUGCAAAUAUGUAUCACCAGACACUACCUGCUCUUCCCCAAACAUUGUCUCCCCAAACGUCGCUGCAGCAAGGUAAAUACGCAAAUGUUAAGCAGACCGAAAGUAAAACUGCACUGAUGAGUGACAAGCCUACAGAUAAAGUGCCUAGCAGAAGUCAACUUCAGCAAAUAUAUAACCAAUAUAAGGGAUCACAGUCGUUCACUCAACAGAGUGUGAAGCAGCCAGUUGAAGCUCUCACACAUUCUGAAAGACGUUUCAACAUUGGUCUAGAUAAACUACAUCAGGAUUCUAUUCCUGUCGAGAAAGUCGGUGGUGAUUCAACCCAUAAUAGACAACCCAAUGAACUACUAGCGAAGAACACGGAAUACGCCAAAUACGAUCGUAUCGGUGAUGUUCCAAUACAAAAAAAUACGGAAGUCGACUUAAAACCCGAAAAGGAUAUGCCAUCAAACAAUCGGAAGUUCAGAAAUGGAUUACAGGAUAUGAUUUAUACGUCAUAUCCUACAUCAGCUGCUUGGACUUUUCACGGUGAUGGUCAGCAAAUGAGAAGCUAUCAGGCACGUCGAGAGCGAAGAUACUACAGAUACUAA